AUAUAGCAGGUCACACUGCCAUCUAUUGAACUAUUGUCAACCAUCGCUCCUCCCUCCUUGAUGCUCUGCUCAAAUAUGCCUCCCCCUUAACCCCUGUGACACUCAGUGAAAUGAGGAAGGCAUGUUUGGUGGCGAGUAAUCAGCCAUUAUUUCAAAACCUUAGAUUUAGUGUCGGGUUGUGCGCAAGUGGGCUUCGGAAUGCUACCGAUGGACUGCUUCUUGGUCAGCGCCCACCAGAUGACGUGCGUGUUGAAGAGGACCCUGAUGGUGCUUUUUCUGCAACACUGGAUAUUGCGAUGUGGCAGAAACGUAUGCGUGCAGUUGGGAGCGUGAGUGUGGAAUUUAUUGUCUCUGAAUUGGUUAACAUUUCUUGCAUUUCAGGUCGUAUAUUUGCAUCAACGAUCGUCCCCGACCCCACUCUAAGUCCACCAAAACCAAAAUAGUGGUAGGGCCCUUGCACGUCUCUCCCUCCUUGAUCACAGCCUACCGACCUACGUGGAUGCAACAGUAGUCAUCGAUGAACCUCCUCCUUUUCCUUCUCUAGAGCCUUGUCCACGUUCACCAAGAAAUUCCUAUUCGCCAAGAGAGCACAUCCACAGCGCCA